AAAAGAACACGUGCUAUUUUGAGUUGAAUUGAAAAUCGAGAAACGGAAUGAUGAAAUAACGUAGGGAGUUGGAUCUGUGGUUUGGUUGCGAUGCGGUGUGUUGCGAAUCACUGUCCAAUCCCGAUCGCUUGAUCCAGACAGUGAAUCAGAAUCAGAAUCAGAAUCAGAAUCAGAGAGAAACGAUGAGGGCAGUAAGUGCGUUAAUGGUGGCUCGGAUGUUGACGCGGGACCACUCGCUCCCUGUCCUUGGCAACGAAAGCAUACCCUUCGGAUCGGUGUGGUGGUUCGCCUAUGCCGGCGUCUCCUGUUUCCUCGUCCUCUUCGCUGGCAUCAUGUCCGGUCUCACCCUCGGACUCAUGUCUCUGGGCCUCGUGGACCUCGAGAUCCUCGAACGCAGUGGUUCUCCUGCCGAGAAAAUGCAAGCUGCGAUUAUACUUCCUGUGGUUAAAAAACAACACCAGCUUCUUGUCACCCUACUUCUCUGUAAUGCUGUUGCCAUGGAGGCUCUGCCGUUAUACCUAGAUAAACUAUUCAAUCAGUUUGUUGCUAUCAUUCUCUCUGUAACUUUCGUUCUGUUUUUCGGGGAGGUUAUUCCACAAGCAAUUUGUAGUAGAUAUGGUCUUGCUGUAGGUGCCAACUUUGCAUGGCUAGUGCGGAUUUUAAUGAUUAUCUGUUACCCAGUUUCUUAUCCAGUUGGAAAGGUUCUGGAUCACCUAUUGGGGCAUAAUGAGGCUUUAUUUAGGCGAGCUCAGUUAAAAGCCCUUGUCUCCAUUCACGGCCAGGAGGCCGGGAAAGGUGGUGAGCUUACACAUGAUGAAACAACAAUUAUCAGUGGAGCACUCGAUUUGACUGAAAAGACUGCUGAGGAGGCUAUGACUCCUAUUGAAUCGACAUUUUCUUUGGAUGUUAAUUCAAAGUUGGAUUGGGAAGCAAUGGGAAAAGUUCUUGCUCGCGGGCACAGCCGAGUUCCUGUCUAUUCUGGAAAUCCAAGGAAUAUUAUUGGGCUUCUACUGGUCAAAAGUCUUCUUACUGUACGACCAGAAACAGAGACACCUGUCAGUGCUGUAUCCAUCCGGAGAAUUCCACGGGUUCCAUCAGAUAUGCCUCUCUAUGAUAUACUAAAUGAGUUCCAAAAGGGAAGUAGUCAUAUGGCUGCUGUUGUUAAGGCUAGGGGAAAAGGCAAAGAAACUCCACAAAUCAUUGAUGAAGAGAAAAAUGAAGAAAACAAAAGCAUUGGUGGGGAUUCACAGUUGACCACUCCGUUGCUACAGAAGCAGGAUGCAAAAUCAGGAAGUGUUGUUGUUGACAUAGUCAAGCCUUCAAAGCCUUCCAGCAUUAAUAAGCUGUCUGUUUUGCAACGUAGUGAUAGCACAACAAAUGGUCCCUCUUCAGAAAAUAUUGAAGAUGGUGAAGUGAUUGGUAUUAUCACUUUAGAAGAUGUAUUUGAAGAACUUCUGCAAGAAGAAAUUGUUGAUGAGACAGAUGAAUAUGUGGAUGUUCAUAAGAGAAUACGUGUUGCUGCAGCUGCAGCUGCUUCCUCAGUGGCCCGAGCUCCAUCAUCGCGAAGGUUGACUAGCCAGAAGGGAGCAGGAAUCCAAAGUAAGCCAGGGCAAGCUCCAAAGAAAUCUGCAGAGGAAAAUGGAUUGAACUCUACAAAGCAAUAAGGAAAUGCAUAUUAGCCUGUCGGGAUAAUGAACCUUUAAUACUGAGGGGCUGUUUAUGUGUCAGCAAUAUGAUGAAAAAGAAGUCAAGGAGAGUUUUUUAGUCAUUUGAUCUUUAUGAUGUAUCAAAUUAAUAACUUUCCUUUUAGGAAGGGCAUAAACGGAUGUAUUCCUAUUUAUAUAGGUUAUUAAGCCGGUGCCAUGCUGCAAUUUUAUGUUAGAUCCAAAAUGUCUUUUGUUUUUACCGAAAGAAAAGUGUGUUUGUUAGUUUCUUUUA